AUGGAUAAUCACGGUGUUCAAAGCAACGAACAACAGCCUCAUCAACAAAUCACCACUGAUAUCCAUAAAGAAUUAGGAGAAAGAAGACAAAGUUCGAUUAUCGAUCUUUGGGCUACUGUAGACAAAUCUCGCCUCGAACAAGAUGUUCACAUCAUUCCUCUUGAAGAUCUUUAUACGCGUUUUCAUACAAAUCCACGUAAUGGUUUAUCAGCUGCUACUAUAGUCGAUGCACAAGCUCAAUAUGGUCUAAAUAAAAUGACUCCACAGAAACCACCAAGCUAUUUUUGGUUGCUUUUCAAACAAUUAUUCAUGGGUUUCAAUGCUAUUCUCUGGGUUGCUGGUAUUUUUGCUUUUUUAGCUUAUAAACCAUUUGGUGAACCAAAUCCAUCAGUAACGAACUUAGCACUCGGAGUUGUACUUGUAUUAGUUAUUACUUGUAAUUCUAUUUUGAAUGUUUAUCAAGAAAUCAAAUCAAUAAAAAUUGUAGCAUCCUUUUCAAAAUUAUUACCAACAAUUGCUACAGUUCGACGUGAUGGUAGAGAACAACAAAUAGUUACCGAUCAGAUCGUACCUGGUGAUAUUAUUCUUGUUCGUAUGGGUGAUAAAUUACCUGCUGAUUGUCGAUUUUUCAGCUGUGAAGGACUUAAAGUUAACACAUCAGAAUUGACCGGUGAAUCGAAACCUGUCACAUCAACAGUUCGAUGUACGAGUACAAAUUUUAUGGAAUCAACUAAUAUUGGAUUUUAUUCGACAAUGGUUGAACAAGGCACUGGUGAAGCAGUAGUUAUUGCUACCGGUGACAAUACUAUUUUGGGCAAAAUGUCACGAUUGACACGAGGUGAUUCGGGUGAUGAAAUCACUGGUCUACAUCGCGAAGUCAAUCGUUUUGUUUUAUUCGUUGUUAUAGCUACUACUAUUGCUAUUAUUAUCCUGUGGAUUACUUGGGGUGCAUGGCUCAAUAGAGAUCAUCAUACUUUUGUUACCUACAAUGCAAAUAUUGUUAACUCUAUUGGUAUGAUUGUUGGUUUUUUGCCGCUGGGCUUACCAUCAGCUGUAACUCUUGUAUUGACAAUUGUGGCGAAAAGAAUGUAUCGACAACGUGUAUUAGUGAAAAGUUUACAAAUCGUUGAAACUUUCAAUUCAGUCUCAGUGAUUGCUACUGAUAAGACAGGUACAUUGACACAAAAUAAAAUGACAGUCACUCAUCUCUUAUGGGACACGAAUGGUAUCUACAAAGUACCUCAACCACAACCACCACCAGCUCCAGAAGAGACAAUUUUUCAAACGAUUCGUCGUUUAUCAUCUGGCGCCCUUAAUACAGUUCGACGUCUAUCGGUAGGAGUUAUUUCAAUUGCUCGAAGAUUAUCUACUGGUAAUAUCAAUCAACCACAACUUAUGCCAUCAUUAGAUGAUGACAAUGAAAUGCACAAUAUUUCGAGUAUAGCAAGUGAAGUUCAAGUUGAAGCAUUCAAGGAUCUUUUGGUUGGCGCUGCUCUCUGUAAUAAUGCUGAAAAACAAAUGGUACAAGACGCACAAUUAGGACAAGACAUAUCAAAAAUGAAAACCGAAUUGCGUCUUGUAGGCGAUGCCGCUGAUACAGCUCUCUACAAUCUAUGUGUUGAUCGAUGUCAUGUUGAUAUUGAUGCAAUACGUAAAAAUAACUCUCGUUUGAAAGUAUUACCAUUUAAUUCAUCGAAUAAAUUUAUGAUUGUGGCUAAUGAACUUCAAUCAGUUGAUUCAUCUGUACCGGAAAGCGAACGUACCGUUUUGAUUACAAUGAAAGGUGCACCAGAUAUUGUUAUUCAACGUUGUUCGUCAUAUAAAACCCACAAAGAUGAGAUUUCGCGAUUAGACGCCGAAAUGAAGCGAACACUGUUUAAUCGCCAAGAAGAAUUAGGCAAAAAUGGUUAUCGAGUUAUCGCCAUGUGUCAACAAAAAAUUACUCGAGAACAGUAUAAUCGAAUGAUUGAACGGUAUACAGAAGAGCAACGUUCGUCAUCACCGACUGGUGAAGAUUUGAAUGGAUUUUCAUCGAGUGACUAUUGUUUUAUUGGUCUUUUUUCAUUACUUGAUCCUCCUCGAACGGAAGUGCCUGAUUCCGUUCUCAAAGCUCGUCGUGCUCAAAUUCGUGUAGCCAUGGUUACUGGUGAUCAUCCGACGACGGCUAAAGCAAUUGCAAAACAAGUACAUAUUUUUACACCAGAAAUUGCAGAAAUCAAUGGUGUAGAUACGUUUAAAAUGGAUCGUGAUGCUAAUGGACAACCUAUUCUCAAUUUAUACCGAAACGAUAUAUUAUUGAAACAACAUACACCUGGUCAGGUGACUCGAAUGGAUCCAGAAAAUAAAAAUGCCAAAAGCAUGGUGAAGCAAGCUGAAAUUGAUGCUGGUGAAGCUGAACCUGAUCCAUUACCACCUUGGUAUAAGCGAGCUUGGGCAGGAUGUCGAAAUCAAUUUAGUGAACCUAAAUCGAAUCUUCCAACAGCCACUAAAAUGGAAUAUAUUCCCCAUGCUAUUGUGGUUGCUGGUGCAGAAAUUGGUCUUAUGGAUGAUUUUAUGUGGGAUUGGGUAUUGUCACAUCAAGAGUUAGUUUUUGCACGAACAUCACCUGAACAAAAAUUGCGUAUAGUUGUGGAAUUUCAACGACGUGGCGAAAUUGUUGCAGUAACAGGUGAUGGAACUAAUGAUGCACCAGCACUUAAAUGUGCUCAUCUUGGUGUAGCUAUGCAAUC